GCAGCCUAACUAGCCGAAACACCAGUGAAACCGUACGGUUUGGUCCCGCCGUUGCCGCAUCCCCAGAAGCGAAUGUGUGUGCCUGUGUCCUGCUCGUAGCCCAGAGGAAGUGCAGUUUGUUGGUGACUCAUCACAAAAUCGUAGGAUUUUCCCACGCGCGUGUAUUCGGCUGUUUGUGCUCAAUCGAUCGAUUUGUUCGAUUGUAUAGUUAGGCGGAGUAGGCGGAUUUCGAACCGUCUCCUAAAGUGUAAUAAAUCCCCGCACUGCAUGGGACUCGUGUAACAAGACGUGCAACCCAACACACAACCCGGUGCCCUUAUUUUUCCCUUUUGUUGGAAAAUUUCGAGAAUUUCACAACAGGACGUGACUAGCGGUCAGUUGGCCCUGCUGUCGGGCACUGACCAUAACCAUCGACACCUCCUGGUACUGACAGAUACCAACGGCAAACCACCCUGGUGACGGUCGCAGCCCCAUAACGGCUUCCGUUACCGUUCCCCCUGCUAAAGGCUGCCUCUUUGUUUGAGUGAAGUUAAGCUUCGAUUCGACGGAACCGCUUGCUGCUGCUGCUGCUUGUGGUUGUCACUCAACAACAUCCAAACACAACCACGCUCUAAAACAGCGCGUGCCACAUUCCAAAAAGCCACACACAGACCGUGCGAAGCAAAGCCCCCUGUUCCAAGAUGAAGUUCCUCGAGAAUGAGUCGGACAAGAUCGAGAUCGUCGACGGUGAGGUGGAGGUGCCGGCCAUCAUCGAUCAGCUGGCGGAGCAGCUGCCGACCGACAAUCCGUUCUACGUAAUGGACAUCGGCGACAUCGUGCGCAAGCACCAGCAGUGGAUCGAAAAGAUGCCGCGCGUCGUGCCGCACUACGCGGUCAAGUGCAACGACACCGAUCUGGUGUGCGCGACGCUGGCGGCACUCGGCGCGUCGUUCGACUGUGCGUCCAAGGGCGAGAUAGCGAAGAUUCUUUCGCUUGGCGUCGCCCCGGAACGCAUCAUCUUCGCGAACCCGAUGAAGCCGGCGUCGCAUGUGCGGUACGCGGCGAGCAACGCGGUCAAAACGAUGACCUACGAUAGCGAUACCGAGCUGCACAAGAUCAAGCAGUACUGUCCGGAUGCAAAACUCGUCAUCCGCAUCCGGUGCGAGGCGGAAAAGGCCCAGUGCCCGCUCGGCAAGAAGUUUGGCUGCGAUCCGGUGGAGGAAGCGCCCCGUCUCAUCAAGAUUGCCCGCAGCCUCGGGCUGGAGGUGAUCGGCGUCAGCUUCCACGUCGGGUCCGGGUGUGCCGAUUUCCCGAUCUACUACAAAGCGAUCUCGUACGCGCGCGACCUGUUCGACUAUGCGGCCCAGCUCGGCUACAGCUUCAGCCUGCUGGACAUUGGCGGCGGUUUCCCGGGCGAUACGGGCACCUCGAUCGACGAGGUGGCAAUGAUCGUGAACGCGGCGCUCGAUACGUUCUUCCCGGACAAGGCGGUGCGCGUCAUCUCCGAGCCGGGCCGGUACUACGUGUCGUCCGCUUUUACGCUCGUCACCAACGUGCAGUCGAAGCGCGUCUGUCUGAACGCGCGCACCGGCACGAUCGACCGGAUGAUGUACUACCUGAACGAUGGAGUGUACGCGUCGUUCAACAGCAUCCUGUACGACCACCAGGUGCCGCAACCGAAGCUGAUCGGUGGCCAGGCGGGCAAGCAGUACAAGAGUACGCUCUGGGGGCCGACGUGCGACGCGCUCGAUCAGCUGAUCGAAACGAUCGCGCUGCCCGAGCUGCAGAUCGACGAUUGGGUCGUGUUUGAGAACAUGGGCGCUUACACCAUUCCCGUCGCCAGCCCGUUCAAUGGGUUCGAGCUGCCGAAAGUCUACUGCUACAUCAGCCGGAAGCACUGGGAAAUGCUGGAGACACUGUUCCCGCUGCAGAACGAAUGCUCGCUGAUCGCGGCCAGCCGACUGCCGGCCAGCUACGAACCCGUCGCCUGCGCUUGAGGCGACCCCCGGUCAUGGAACGGUCGUACCAUGGCCGUGCGCCCCCUCCGAACGGCAGCCGCUUAUUCCACCGGUUCCAUCGGGACCAGCUUUUACCCGCAUCCAGAUAUGCAACGGACCAUCUACAAAUUUAACAUCCUCGUUAACGCUCUUUACACCGUUGCCUAUCCACACUACGCCAAGACGUACUUCAAUAAACGAAGAGGCAGCCUUUUUUACAGCCUAGCAAAAACGGA